AUGCACGCUGCCAAGAACGGUCACUUGGACGUUUGCAAGGUACUUGCUGACGCCGGGGCUCGCUUUUCAGCGAAGGACGACGUGGGGGAGACGGCACUCAUGAAGGCUGCCAAGAACGACAACGUGGAGAUCGUACGAUUCCUAGUGGACGCUCAAGUAGAGCAACGCCGGAAGACCCAAGCCAUCAGUCUGACUGGACUCAACGACGGGCCUUCCAAGACGGAACAGCGUCGUGUCGUUGAUGCUACUGACGACGAAGGUGUGACUGCGUUGAUGAAGGCUGCAGAGGCUGGGCAGACGGAGGUGGUCAAGCUACUAAUAUCUCUGAAUGCUAAUGUCGAGGCCAAGGACGAUGAGGGGUGGAGGGCUAUCAUGUGGGCGUCCAUGGCUGGGCAACUGCCUGUGGUGGAGUGGCUCGUCACAGACCAUGCUCAAGAGGCCGACUACCAGACCGAAAAGGGAGAGAACUCUCUAAUGAAGGCGGCUGCCAGCGGCCACUGGGACGUCUGCAAGUUCCUCCUCGACAACGGUGUCAAGGUGAACGCUCACGACCGUGAGUUCCAAACAGCCGCCAUGUGGGCUGCUGCAGCUGGCCACCUCCCUGUUGUCGAGGUUCUCAUUCGCCAUGGCGCGAAGAUCACGGCCAAGGAUCAGCGAGGGGAGACUCCCAUCAUGAAGGCCAGCAAGGGAGGCCAUGUCGAAUGCAUAAGCCAAUUGAGGCGUCAGAGAGCUGCCAGUACCGGUCUCACUGAGGAGCAAUUGAAGGAUAUCAACAACUUCACCUUAUCGGAGAAGCGCAGAGUUCUCGAUGUCAAGGAUGAGGAAGGUACGCUGCGGGGAGAACUGACUUCAUUAGUGGUGAUGUCAGGGCAAACAGCGAUGAUUAAAGCUGCGGAGGCUGGUCGAUUGGACUCAAUGGAAGCGCUGGUGGAGAUGAGAGCCUCUGUCGAUAUUCCGGAUGACGAGGGGUGGAACGCUCUGAUGUGGGCCAGCUUCAAUGGGCACUUGCCAGUGGUGCGGUGGCUGGUUGAUGAGCAGUUACAGGAUGUCAACUACGCCUCUGAGAAGACCUCUGAGUCUCCGCUUAUGAAGGCGGCAGUGAACGGCCAUGUUGAUGUGUGUGAGUAUCUCUGUGGUAAAGGGGCGAAGAUCAACCACCACGACUACAACUAUCAGAACGCUCUCAUGUGGGCGGCGGCCAGUGGUCACUUGCCAGUUGUCGAGUUCUUGGUGGGUCGUGGCGCUAAGGUGAACCAGCAGACCAGGACGGGCAAGACCGCAUUGAUGCUCGCUAGCCUCUACGGCCACCUUGACGUGUGCAGGUUCCUGUUGGAACAUGGCGCGAAAAGGGAGUUGGAGGACGAGGACGGCUGUACAACUCUGUUCUUUGCCGUCGGGGCCGAAGCUCCGGAGCUGUGCGAGUUAUUGAUUGAGUGUGGCUGCAAGGUGGAAGCACGAAAUCACGAGGGGGAGACUCCCGCCGACUUGGCAGAGCGGAUGGAGGCGAAGGAAUGCGUAGACGUCUUCAGACGACGUUCCAGUGCAUGA